GUUCCCAAAAGACGACACUCUGAACUAUCCAUGUUCACUGCUACUCCUCCAAGCACCAUUUUCUUUGCAGCCUUGUCUCCUCUUGCUCACCCCAAGCAGCGCGCUGCAACAUCUAUACAAAUGCCACACCCCCUCCCCCGAGGAGCUAGCAAGGAAAAAUGGUGCUGCAGCGUUGUGGUUCGAGCAUGAGCAUGAGCAGGCAUCGCGCUCCUCGCUUCUUCGCACCGUCCAACUUCUCAUCCGCCGCCGCACACUUCCACCCCUUCUCAUCCAUCUCUUGCUCUUCAUCCUCAAAAUCCUCACCACCACCACCACCACCAGCAGCAGCAGCAGCAGCAGCAGCAGCAGAUCCGACUUGGAGUGCGACUGCAGAGCAGCAGGAGCAGAUGCAGGAGCAGGAGCAGCAGGAUGGUGCGAGGAGACGGAGUUGGAAAGAGGAAGAUGAGAGGUUGAAAAUGUUAUUGUUGGAGAGGGAUGGAGGUCCUGCUAGCGUUCCGACUCGAGGAGGUACGUGGGAUACGGCCAUGGGACCUCAAACAUCCAAACACAUGCACAGGGUACUUGAUCAA